AUGUCCUCUAAUGUCCUGCCAGAGACCGAGCCGCAGAUAUACCCGCGAAACCCCCUUGCUCGACCAGGACCCAUCCCAGAUAGCAGGUUGGAGGGACUUUUCAUCGAGAAGCCGGUUCCAUUGGUGGUGAGAAAUGAUGACAGCAGUUCCUCGGACUCGAGUGAUUCGGGUGGAGGAGGGUCGAACAGCACUCUACCUAUCGUCCUAGGCGUGGUUAUCCCGAUUGCCAUCGCGUUCAUCGUGUUAAUAUACCUGCAUCGGCGGCAUGUCAAAAAGUUGAGGAGGGAAGAUGCUGAAGACAAACACAAGUCGCUCGAUUUCGGGCUCAAUACCACUCCGCAGAAAGGCCCCGACGUUAAGCAGAAUGUUCCGCAGAUGUCCAUGACGGAGAACAAGGAGAUUGGGAGAAAGCGCGGCUUGUCAAUGGAUAUGGGCAUACAGAAUCCUUUCCUUUUACCUCCCGAAGUUCAACAUUCACGUGAGUCCUUGCACUCGUUAUCCCGUUCGUUGAACACUGGGGACGACAGAUACCGAGCUACAACAUUCAUUCCGGACGACGGGUCUAUACGACCCCCUUCAAGCUUGCGUAGCCCAGUCGAUGACUCUUCAAGUUAUACAGGGUCUAGCCUUAGGUUUCAAGGUGACUCGAAACAGAACUUGUUACGCAAUGGUCAGGAGAAUCCUAGUGGAGGCCGGAACGCUUCUACAGAUUCAGGGCCUGGCCCCAGAAGAUUUUCUGCUCAAAAAGGCAACGCAAACCUACUGGCCCCAGCAGCUGCAGGCAUUGGACGAGAGUCUUAUGUGAGCACCACCAGCAGUAAUGGAGCAUUCAGUGCGCUGAGAGCGAGCAACAAUUACCUAGGCCAGUUCAUCAAAGGAGGCAACACUCAGCAACAGGAAGAGCUCGACGAUAAGGAGGUCGUCGCGGUGACAACGGAGAUCAAGCUCGCUGCAACGGAUAAGGUCCUACCGCCUCCUCCUGCUGUCGUCAGGGAGUCACAGUACAGUGUUCAAUCUUAUGCUCCCCCAGCGGUCACCUACCACGAAGCUAAACCGUCUAUGGCACCUAGCAUCACCGUCAGUCAACCAGCGGAGCGCCAGGCGAGACUACCUCAACUCAGCGUUGUCGAUUCACAAGGCGUCCAGCAAAGCUCCGUCUAUGACCAGGUCACCAGUCAGGCCGUCCCUACUCCCACAAACAAUAGCCCGGAACACUCCACUUCUCCUUCUAUAGACAUGGUUCAACAACGACACCACGAUGCUGCACAACAACAACUGGUCGGUCAAGGCCAACCUGAUCAGCAGGUUGAUGAUUAUUAUGAUGAACAUGAUGCUCACGCCGCUCAAGAAUAUCAAGAAUACCAGGACUACCAAGCUUACCUCGGUUAUGAUCCGCGAAUGUCAACAAUGGGUGUGCGGCCGUUGCCCCCUGAUGAUCCAUCGGAGAACCCGGAACAGCGAGCGAACCGAAUCCGCUCGUUCUAUAAGGAAUACUUUGAUGAGACCAAACCGCAAUCGCCAAGCGGGAACGUGCAGUACUACGAUGGUGCGGAGGGCUACUAUGACUCGAGUCCAGCCAACGGGCAUUAUCAGCAAGACGCAUAUUACGCACCACCUCGGAGACAACUCCACAGCAGCGCUGUGCAGGGCAGGCAUCGGGCGACGGUCUCGAAUGGAAGCUACAUGUCUAGCCCCAGGGCAUUCUCAAGUGCAUCAGGGCGGUUUGGUCCGCCUGCCCCAUCGAUGCGACAGAAGAAGAAAUUGCCGCCGCCGAAGCCACUCAAUGUCCUCCCGACUCCUCACAUGCUGAAGGAUGAUCUGUUUCUGCCCACCGACUUUGCACCUCCUCAGAAGUUCCGCAACCAAAGAAGCGGAACACCUGAUAGCCCUCGCGGCGGAAUGAAGGCCUAUCAGCCGGGUCCCAGAGGUCAUGUGCCGCUGGCAUCGUCUUUUGAUGAUCUAGCAGUGAUGCCGAGCCCUCAUGCUUUGAGAAAGUCGUCCACGUUCACCGGAUUAGACUUCGCCCCUCCUUCGCGGAUCCUCGGAGGAGAGUCUUCCAUGAGCGAGACUGGCAGCAUUCGAAGCAACCGCUCUGGGGUAUCGGCUCUUCACUUGCACAACAUUCGUACGGGAGCAUACCGCGUCAGUCGGCUACCGAAAGAGGUCGCGGGAACAAAAGAUGAGAUUUUCGCAUCUCUGAAACCACAAUGGAAUCUGAACCGGUGA